CAAAGAGAGUCGAGUCAACCGCAACAUCGCAACCAACAUCGCAACAAAGCUAAUAAACGACAAGGACUCAAGAACAAACCAACCCCUACCCUGCUCCUCUUGUGAUAGUUGGGUGCUCGCAUAGCAUAACAAAACAAACAGAAGUGGUAGUAGUCGAAGUCGAGCUUUCCAUUGUAGGAGGUACAUCGUCUACGACAGCUCCACAACAAAAAGAGAACCUCUGAACCUUGCGCUUACACCGUGACAAGCAAGCAACAAGACCGUCCAAGGGACCAGAAGGCACAACAUCAUCACAUAUUUCGACCAUGGACAGCGAGAGUCAUAACCCAAGGAAGCGGAAGCGAGAAGCUGAAGUAUCGGCUGAAGCCGAAGCUCGCGCCCAUAGAGGCCACGCCGCCACCGUCUCCAGUCCACAUCAAGACAGCAGUGAAGAAGAAGGCGACAAGCUGGCGUAUGUACGUAGUGUGCUUGCUCAGUAUGUCGCGAUCUAUGGCGAUGAUACGAGCAGCAACGAAGAAGGUUGUACAGGCAACAACCGAGGCGGCGCUGUGGAAGAAGGAGGCAUGGGCAGCGUGAGCUCCAACAAUGAUGGGACCAGCCGUGUAUGUGGGAGCGACGAUGGGCGAGCAAGCUCUCCUUCGGGGAAGAACAACGAGGCGGGAGAAAGCACCAAGGCAGAUAAAGGGGACCAGACACCGGAGCCCAAAGAGAAAGGCCAAGGUCCAGUAAAAGCGAGGAGCGGACGGGUGGUGAACACGGAACCGCACAAGUUGUCUUUCGGAUCUGUAACAGGCAGUGAUGCAACCUCGUCAAACCAGAAGACUUGUGAAGCAGUAUCAUCACCAUCGUCAGGAUCCAGAGAACCAAGACCUGCGCAAAACGCUGUAUCGACAAUCACCAGCAGCAGCCUCACUUCGUCCACCAAUACUGAAGGAAUAUCAAGCAGCAACAGCGGGAGUGGAAGUGGUUAUGAUGGUACCGGCAGUACUACAAGCAGCAGCAACAAUAGCCGGGACGUGGGGCAACACCGAAAGACAGUGUCCUUGUACUCGGGAGACGGAUCCAGUCAAGGAGAUGCACAGCACAAGAAACACACGGAGACAUCUGUCAAGAAGCCCUCGCGACCCUCGGAGCCCCCAGAUGGCGAAGAGGAUAGAAGGGAUCCGGCCAAGGCUAAGAAGCAAUCCAAAUCGCAAAAGGACAAAGAGUCCUCCAAGGCAAAGGCUGAGUCAUCCACAGACAAACCUCAACAGCGGCCUCAGGCAAAGAACGCUGACGAAGAGGACGAUGGAGCGAGCAGCACUAGCGGGUCGGAAGAUGGCAAGCAGGACAAACAAAAUGCCGAGGCACAGCGAGACCCAAAAGGGGACAAAGAUACAACAAAGUCCUCUCGCGAUGCAAGGCAGAAGGAGCAGACAAAGAAGACAUCCCAGCAAGAGAACAAGAAGGCGGAGGAGAACCGUGUAACUUCCUCAUCAGAACGUUCUUCGCAGCAGCAGUCCACAAGCGAACGCCGUCAGUGUCCAGACACCACUGCAAGUUCUUCCAACAAUGGUCCAUCAAGUAAGAAUGAAAAUGAAGGCUCUUCCAUUGGAAGGGAUGAUGGUCGAGGAGGGGAAGCCAAAGGUGCUGCAAAUGAAGCGCAAAAAGACGAAGGCGUCAUGAGACCGGCGGGUGCUUCUGGCUGGACCAAUGGUGGCGGGGAAUUCAGCGCACUGUCAUCCUCCAAUGACGGGAGCAGUGACGAUCGACCGUCUAACAAGAGUGAACAGGAUGCCGACGAUAGCAACUCGAGUACUGGGGGAUCAUCAGCCGAUGGCAAAGUUGCUGCGGGAGAUGCUCAAGUGGCUGACAACGUUGAAACUAGCAGCUCGAAUAACCCUGCCGCUGCAAGUAGCGCACGGGCUGCUCUUAGCGCUACGGGAAAACCACCCGAGAAGAUUACCGUGCACUACACUAGUCACCACCACGAGGCCGAGGUUGCUUCCGUCGCGACGGCUCCUUCUGCUGCUAGCGUGCACUCCAAGAUGAGUCAGUCCUCGGCAUCUAUGCCACCCGCAAAGGCACAGUUUGCAGCAAAGAAGAAGAAAAAGAUCAAGGUAGCUCGAAAGCCACCUCCAACUACCACUAUCCCUGCUUCUCCUGCCCUGUUGGCUGCAGCAGCUCGUGCCCCGAAGCAGUCCAAGGUACCUUUCUUUGCGGAGGAACCAAUACCUCCCAACGAGACCAAAGAAGAAAAGAAACGGAGAAUGAACCGCAUUACUGCCAAGAAGAAGCGCGCCAGACAAAAGAUCGAAAUAGAAGUCCUCAACGAGCAAUGCACCGAGUUGACCUCUCUUAACCAGACUCUCAAGGCAGAUAACACGCACUUGGAAAAUGCCCUCGAAAGGGUCAACCAACUUAUUGCCCAAAGUGGGAUCGAGCCUGUCGAACCUGGAUCUCAGCCACCGCAGCCGAUAGGCCCACCAGCCCCCGCUCCCGCUCCGAUUGCAUCCGCACCACAGAGUGUUGCACCGUUGUCGACGAAUGUUGCCACCAACACUCCCCAGGCACCUCCCCAACUUCAGGCGACCACGUCUGUUGCGGCAAAUGCACCUCAGCCGCAGCAACAGCAAGGUUUUACUGUUCAGCAACCACCACCUCAUCAGACCGGUGCCGCGAACAGCAAUUCUCAGCAGGGUCUUGCAGUUGGCGAUGGAGGCAGCAACGCUUUGGCGCAGCUUGUUGCAAGUGGAAAUGGCAACAUGUUGCAGCAGCUACAACAGCU